AUGGUUAAAGACCGAGCCCUAACCACCCGAUCCAUCGCGAACCAAUUCCUCCCCUUCAUCUCCAAAUCCAUCUCUUCCCUGCAUAAACGCCUCUCAGUCACAGUCCCUGCACCCCCCGAUGAUCUGUUCCGCGCUUACGAGUUCUGUUUGGAAUGCUGCGAGUUGGUCUCCCACGAUCCUCACGCCGUCCAGCUUCAAAGGCUCGCGCUGAUUCGCUGUUACCAACACUGGGGUUGGUUCACUCACGCUUCCAACGACGGCAUGAGAUUCCUGGAGGGGCUUAGAGCACCCGGGCUCUCGUCAGAUAUGGGAAAGUGUGCUCUCUCCAUUAUCAGAGAAGCAGAACGUUUCGACAAGGGUUUUGUGCAAUCUUUCUGCAACUCAACACUGAAGGAAUAUUAUAAAUCCCCGUUGCCAAAAUGUCAUUUUUAUAAGUUUUCUCGCCAGGUGCUUUCUUUACUGUUUAUGUCCAAGGAGACAGAAACAUCACAACCCGUUGAAACUGUGAUGUCUGUGUUGCGAACUGUGGCAUGUGAAAUCAAGGUUGAACCUGGAGCAAAUUGGUUGGAGUUUCUUGACUUAGUCUCCUAUUGUGUUCAUGAGUCUCUGUUAGCAGGAGACGUAUGGUGUGCAGGAGUUUCGAAACAGUUGAGUGAGAUUGCAUCUAAUUACUAUAACUAUAAGGCUAUACCACAAGCUAAUCUGAUUCUAAGACUUUAUUCAGCUGGACUCCCCCAUUACCACAAAGACGCCGUGGAAUACACGCCACCUUACCUUGAUGCUCUGAAAUUUUUGUGCCAGCCUCUUGCUAGUUUGAUAAAUUCCGAGAAGAAAAAGAUGGUGCCGGGAAGAGUAUUAACAUGUUAUACUGCUCAUCUAUCUGUUAUACAGGAUAUAUUUCUCCAAUUUUGUCAUGGUUUACGUGAAUUUCAGAGAUGGACCCAUCACAAGGAAUGUAGUGGGACUGACUUUAACAAGACUCUGCUAAACGUGGCUAUGGCUGCUUCUUUCAUUUCGAUGAGAACCCAAUAUAGAGUAGAGAUCACCGGCCGUCUAGUUGAAGAUGUAAUUGCUAGUCCGUGGAUUUCACCUCCAGACCUUAAAUAUCUAUUAGCUUCAUUUCACGAUAUCGGUGUAGCUUUCUACAGUAUGAAGAACCUUGGAAAGGCUUCCUUGGCGUUCAAGAUAUGUAUUAGAACAGUGUGGACUUGUGUUAGACUCCUCUGUCAGAUACAUGUAAAAAAUGAGCGUAAACCAUCCGAGGAGUGUCUCUCCAGAGAAGCAAUUAUCGAUUUUGCGAGUAAAGCAUGUGGCAAAUCUGCAUUUUAUCUGGAUGUUCUCCAGCAACAUGGUGCACCAGAAAUCAACAAGUUGCUUGUGUUUAUCCUGGAGAACUGGUCUGCAGCUGAAGCGCUCAUCAAAAAUUUGCCAGACCCUACACCGAUAGCAAAACAAUAUGUUAAGACACAACGCAGAGAUCAUGAGAUUCAGAAAGAAGAAAAAGACUUGAAGCAAACUGGGUUUUAAAAAGCGCGACUUUUUAGUGCCAUGGCGCAAGGCGCACCUCUACAUUCUCGUGUUACUUCCAACUUCUUCACAAAUGUUAUUGCUUUGAUCACUAUAGACUUGAGUUUUGUUUUGAUCAUCUUUUACUCUUCAGUUAUCUAUCAUCAAAAAUUAUCAAUUCUCAUGGCAAAGUAUACAACAUUAGACAAGGG